AUGCAUGACCGUCAUGAUCCUAUUGAUGCUGCAUUGCAGUCCAGACGAAUUCCUCAUGCUCGCUCACGAAAACACAAAGGUGGCAAGAACAAGGCCAAUGGAUCAACAUUCAAUCCUCUGCAAGCUCUAGGACGCUAUGAAGUUCAGCUAGGCUCUGGCACCAAGAAGGCUGCGAACUCGGAACUCUCACAACAGGAUCCUCAAUCCUGGCUAGAGAUACACGGACUGACUCCGGAGGAUAACGGAUUUCUUGGCACUUUUGACUUCGCUGGCAAAGUGAACGGCAUGCUUGUACUUGCUGGAAGCCGCAAGGUUCUGAGAAGUAUUGUGGAGGAUUUGGAAGAAGAUUCCGAUGCCGAGAAGGAUCCAGAUCUGAACAGCAGAUCCGACGAUGAUGUCGAUGACGACGAUGAAGAUGAUACGAAGCACGAGCAAAGUGCCAUGGAAGCCGAAGACGAAAGAAUCAAUCGUCGCGCCAGAGCUUUCGAGAAGAAUACAUUUCGCAACCCCAAAUUCUGGAUGAGGUGGAAAGGAAAUGCUCAGAGGUUGGGCACCGAGGAUGGCCAGCAAAGCUCAGAUGUAGAGAGCAAUACAGGAUACCUCGUCUUCUCCGGUAAUGACUGCGAAAAAUUUGAAGGCACCAUAUCUUCAGCAGUCCUCGAGUGGAACAACAUAAGACUCCAGGGUUGGAAGAUACAUUCGAAAGCAUCGAGAUGUCACAUGCGAUGGAAGGACUUUCCGUAA